AUGCUGCCGCCCGCCUCGGCCCGCGGGGCUUGUUUGCUUUCGGCGGGUGCGUCCCGGACGCGCGCGCGCGCGCACCCGGAUGCCCGGCCGGGACCGAGUGCAGGUGCUGGGUGCUAGGCGCCCGGCGCGCUGGGGAAGCAGGGGACCCCGCCGCUACCCCCUUUCCCCUGUAGUCAUCGCCUACUGGGUUUCCUCAGACUCGAUCCAGACGUGCACCGGCUUCUGGGCUAGAAAUAGCUCGGCUCGACGUGUAUAUGCUUAUUUUGGUUGGAAAUAGUUGGCACCGUGCAACGCAUGUAGAUGUGUAUGCUCUUCCUACCUCUUGUGGGGCAAACAUAGACAUGAUGGACUGUUUCCGCCUAAAACAGCCGCGUUCGGGCCUCCUAAAACCCUUUCAGUGAAGGACACUAAAGAUUACUUCAUUUUCAGAAUUUUAAAGUUGCUCUUCCCUUAGCGAAUUAGAUCUUGUGUAUCUAGUACAGUACUUCUGAGUGCAGGCUAUGUAGACAGUACUGAAGCGAAGUGGAAAUACGUAAUUCUCCAAUUUCCAAGUGUGUCCAAGUACAACUUUAUCUAGAAUCACGAACUGUCAUACAACUAGCGUUUUUCUAGAGAGAAAUGCAAGCGUUCACUAUGUUUCCAUAAAUACGAAUGUAGCUGAGAGAUGACCCUACUCUUCUAACUUUUAAAAACUCCUGUGGUGAUUCUAGCCAUUGUUCUAAAGCACGUGUUUGAAAUUUAAUUUUGACCAAAACAUUCAUGGUGGGUUGCUGGUUUUUUUUUUUCUUUUUCUUUCUUUUGUUUCUUUUUUUUUUUUUUUAACAUAAAUGUAAUACACGGUGGUUUAUAAAUUUAAGUUAUGGGUGUGUGGAGAUAGCUGUUUAAUAAUAAAUUCUAUUUGGUUGGCAAUAAUGUCAUCCAAACAUAGGCAUCUGUAUAAUACCUGAAAAUGGAAAUGAAUUUCUCCUUUAAAGAGAAAUCAGAUUCAUAAAGUAAACAUGACCAGGAAAAGCAACUGGUGACUUUACCUAGGCAGUCUCCAAAGGGGGUUAAGGAAAUAAACUGUGCUCUUAAGAAUACAAAAACUGUGUGUAGAAUUUUAACAGUACCCUUUUAGUGUUGGUUUUAAAAUUGUGCGGUUGAGCUGAGGACCUGGUGUUUUGUAGUCUUCACACCUCAGUGAGCUAAGUUAUAGAAUCAUACAGAAGACCAAAAAUCUAGCACAACAGGGGCAUGUGGUGUAAUCCCUGACUAUCUAUGUUAUGUAAUCCCUGACUAUCUGUGUUUUUCAUAGGACAGUCUUGCAUAUUUUUCAGCUGUUGUAUUGAUCUGUUAUGUCAUCUUCUUUUUGAAUUGUAGAAGUGUAAUAACAUUGCGUCUUGGGAGAACACCUGUUUUUUUUAAAAAUUCAAACUUUAGAUGGAAGAACAGUUUUUAUUGGCAUUUUUAUGUAUAUGAGACUUUUGUUGACAGAACUAGGCACCCUUCCAAUGUAACAUAUUAUAACCUAUCUAAAGGUACUUAGUGUUAGAUUACUCAUUAGACUCCUCCCCACUACCAUAUCAUUAUUCAACCAUCUCACCUUAGUUUUGAUUUAGCUUUGAUGGUAUCAUUACCCAGCUCUGAAUUAAUCGCUGUGAAAAUGCUGUUCUACAAGUAACUGUCAAAACAGAAUUUUUAAGACUCAGUUUGAUCACUGGGUGCACAUUUACAUCUGUCGGAAUAAUUCUACCUUUAUUUUACAAAUGCACACCCACGCAGAAGAGCUUUGUUCUACAAUAUUCAUUGGGAAGUUUUAUAUUUGUGUGCCUGGAAGUGUGAGUGAUAUGAAGCUACUUACAUGCCUUGGAACCCUGAGGUGUUGUGGUUUUGCCUUAUGAGAUAAUGAAAGGUGGAAGUUUAAAAAAUACUGUGUUACCAACAAGCUUUUGCAGAAGUUGAUUUUAAAAUCUGUAUCACUUCAGAAAUAUUUCGCCCCCUGCAAAGACCAGUCAGUGCGUGUAAUGCAGCUAUUUUGUUUUUUCUAAGAACAAAUCCAACUGUCUUUAGAUUAAUGUAUAUUGCUGAUUUUGGCAACGUGGGACAGUUAUCUUUGACAAUUUCAAUGAACGUGGUAUUUUCCUAGGAUACUAGGAAAUCCAUUUGGGCUUUGAUUUAUUCAAAUUAAAAUGAUGACUAAGUACUUGCCCAGAAUACAUCCCUAUCCCACCCUCCAGGUAAAAUUGAACUUCAAGGCUUCUGUGUGGUUUUCCUUGAGUUGAUCACAUUGGCAUGCUGAUUUGUGAGAGGAUGUGAUAUAAGUGAAAUUAGUUUCUGAGUUUAGAGCCCAUAUUUUCACUCCCAGUUUCUCAGAUGUAGCCUGCAAACUCAACAAUCAGAAUCCAUGCGUUUUUUUUUUUCCUUGCAGAUUACUUGAAAAUACACAGUAGAAGUUAACUUCCACAUUUGAUUUUUUUUUAAUUUUAAAAUCUUAUGUUGAGAAUAAAUGUUAUCUUUUUAGAUCAGAGCCCUUAGGUAUUGCAGUCAUGGGAAAGAAAGGUUACGUAUUUUUCAUGUUUUCCACAAAUACCCUUAAAUAGUAAACUCAAAUAUUUUUGGGGAAGUAUAAAUGUUCUUCGAAAUUUCAAAUCAUGACCAGAUUUUUAUCAUUUGCGAUCACUUCUAAAGUAAGGAUGAAACCGUAUGUUUAUUGGCACGGAUGACCCAGGUUUUUAAUAAACCGUCUAUCACAGUGAGUCCCUGUAAAACCAAGAACUUGUGUGUUUGAUAUGCAGAAUGAGGUCAAGGACUGAUGGAGUUGCUUUAGUGAUCACUGUUGGUAUUUCAUGUCCAGACUGAAGUUUCUCCAAGGGCUGCUUUCACUGUGUAGUGUUAACUUCAAGUCUCUCAGCGUAGGCUUACCCACCUAUCCCCCAGACAAACGGAGCUUUCCCUUACUGAUGGGCAGCGGCAGUGGCUUUCUUUGGUUUUGCCCUGAGUGUUCAGAUAUUAAGUGUUUGUAAGGGUGCUGCUUAUUUCUCAGAGCUGUCCAUUCUACACCUUCUUACUUCCCUAUCAUAUACAGGAAAUAGAAUAACCAUGCACAGGUUUUUUCUGCUUAAUAGUUUUUUUUUAUUUGAUGAUGUCUUCCAUUUUACAGUAGAAAUGCUCCCUCAACUUGUAAUAUUAUUUAUCUCAUGGUACUUCAGAAUGAUAAAAUGUUCAGAGGUGGUGAUUUUUUAAAAAAAAUGCUGUUUUUUUUUUAAUUUUAAUUUUAUUUUAUUUUUUGACAGGCAGAGUGGACAGUGAGAGAGAGAGACAGAGAGAAAGGUCUUCCUUUGCCGUUGGUUCACCCUCCAAUGGCCGCUCCGGCGGCGCUGCAGCCGGUGCACUGCGCCGAUCCGAAGCCAGGAGCCAGGUGCUUCUCCUGGUCUCCCAUGGGGUGCAGGGCCCAAGCACUUGGGCCAUCCACCACUGCACUCCCGGGCCACAGCAGAGAGCUUGCCUAGAAGAGGAGCAACCAGGACAGAAUCCGGCGCCCCGACCGGGACUAGAACCCGGUGUGCCGGCGCCACAAGGCGGAGGAUUAGCCUAGUGAGCCGCGACGCUGGCCAAAAUGCUGUGUUUUGAGAGGCAGAGGUUGUGGCACAGUGGGUUAAGCCACUGCUUGGGGUGCCCACAUCUUGUAUCACACUGCCUGGGAUUUAGUGCUGUCUCCUCUGCCUCCAAUCUAGCUUUCCACUAAUGUGCUUAGGAGAUAGAGGAUUAUGGCCCAAAUACUUAAGUUCCUGCCACCCAUGUGGGAGACCCUCAUGAGAUUCCUAGUGACUCUGGCCUGGCUCAGCCAUGGCUGUUGUAGGCAUUUGGGGAGUGAAGCAGCAGAUGGAAGAUCUUUCUCUCUUUCAUUCUGCUUUCCAAUUAAAUAAAUAAAUGAAUGAAUAAAUAUUUUAAAAAGGGAAGAGAGGCCAGAGAAAAGCAGAGAAAGAGACACAACUCCCAUUUGCUAGUUUACCAGCCGUAUGCCCUUAAGGGCAGAGGCAGGGCCAGGCAGAAGCCAGGAGCUAGAACUCAACUACUUGAGCCAUCAUCUGCUGCCUCCCAGGGGAUGCGUAGCAGGAAGCUAGAAUUGGGAGCAGAGCCUGGUCUUGAACCUAGCAAGUCCAGUAUGGGAAGGGGGCAUCUUAACCACUAGUCCUGCUAGCUCGCAGAGGCUGUGAUUCUGUAGCUAACCAAAUAUAAAAAUGAAUUUACUUCCCCCAUACCAGUGGAAGCACACACGGAUGAUAACACAUUAUUGAAUGGAAGAAUGAGAAGUUUGCCUAAAAUGUCUUUGUUGGAAUUAAGAGUGCUUUCAAAAAUAUCCCAGAAUCAUGUUUAUUUGCCAGUGCAUUGCUCUGUGUUGCUACAGCUGCCUCCACAUCCCACUUUGUAAGAGUCUGGCUGGAAGCUCACGCCUCUCUCGAUGCUUGUCCUGUGAGGAAGGUGUAACCCAAGUUUCUAGAGAGGAAAGUAAUAAUGCGCUACUUUUCAAGUCUCAGCCAUGUGCUAAGGACAUGAGUGGCCCCGGAGUUUUUAUGUUCCAUGCAGGAAUUCCAUCCGCAUUUUUCUUCCUUUACUUUAUGGAAUCAAAAUAGUUGAAAGGGACUUUAAUCAGAAGAUUUUUCUCUGAACACCUCUCUCGCCUACUACUUAAUAAGCCUUCAGUGUGAAUGUUGCACACCAUGUGACCACAGAGUAGUGUGAUCUCUUCCCAUUGACUGGCAGCCUGCUUAACAGCUCGUCUCCCGUGAUUCCUUGGUGUGCUGAAGAUUGGGAAAUUCCACCCCUAGCUGCUGACACAACCUAGGCCAGGCAAAUCAUUGCUUUAAGAUAGAUUGCCUUUCUAAAGCAUUCUUUUCCUCUUGAACAAUUAAAGGAUGUUUUUGGCUCCCUGACAUGAAUAAAUUGAAGUAACCAUUUCCUUAGAAGCUGGAAGAAAAAUGUAACUCGAAGUGAUUAAUUGUAAGCAGCUCAUCCACAGAAAAGAGAUUACAGACUACUGAUUUUGCAUUUGGCAUUUCCCAUUCUUCCCCCAGAACAGGAAUUCUUCACUUCAAGUCCACCCCUGUGGGGUCUGAGGAUGAAGGUGGGUGGGACUACAAGUGUAGCUGACAAAUUAAUUACAUCUUUGCUUUCACUUACUUCCAAGUGACAGAUAACCACUUCUAGAUCUUUGUGAGUUGUAAAGAAACACAUGUAUUACCAUACAUGCCCAUUAAAGAUAUUAUGUUAUUAAUAUAUUUCAAUAUGAUUGACUGCCAUUGUGCUUUUUUUUUUUUUUUUUUUGGACAGGCAGAGUUAGACAGUGAGAGAAAGACAGAGAGAAAGGUCUUCCUUCUGUUGGUUCACCCCCAAAAUGACCAUUACGGCCAACACAUUGCGCCGAUCCAAAGCCAGGAGCCAGGUGCCUCCUCCUGGUCUCCCAUGUAGGUGCAGGGCCCAAGCACUUGGGCCAUCCUCCACUGCCCUCCUGGGCCACAGCAGAGAGCUGGACUGGAAGAGAAGCAACCAGGACAGAAUCCGGCACCCCAAUCGGUACUAGAACCCUGGGGUGCCAGCGCUGCAGGUGGAGGAUUAGCCUAGUGAGCUGCGGCGCUGGCCUCCCAUUGUACUUUUAAAUAUUUAUCUAUUUAAAAAAGUUUAUACCGGGGCAGGCGUUUGUUCUAGUGGCUAAGACCCUGAUUAAGAUGCCUGCAUUCCACAUGAGAGUACCUGGAUUUGAUCCCCAUAUGCAGCUCCUGAUUCCAUCUUCUGCUAAUGCAGAAUCUGGGAGGCAGCAGUGAUUGCUCAAGUGAUUGGGUCACUGCCACCCACUUGGGAGACCUGGUUUGAGUUCCCUGCUCCAGGCUUCAGACCCAGGCCUAGCUCUGGCUGUUGUAAGGAUCUGGGGAAUGAACCAGGGGAUGAGAGCACUAUGUCUCUCUGUGUGCCUCUGCCUCUGUCUCUUUCUGCCUCUCAAGUUAAAUAGUAAGAAAAACCAAAUGUUGAGAAGGGGCUAUAGAAUUUACCUGGUUGCAGAGGAGAGGUCCAUGAUCACAUGAAGUAAAGAAUUUAUACCCUUGCUAGAAGAGCUUUCUCCCCAAGCUGGGUGCCCAGUUCAGGGGCUGCACUGUGCAUUUGCUUUCAUCAGUGUCAAGUUACCGAGACCUUCAGGGACAAGAAUCAGGCAGACUGGAGCUCAACUGCUCAAUUUUUUUUUAUAGUGAUUUGUUUAUUUGAAAGGCAGAGUGACAAGAGAGAAGAGGAAGUAGGAGAGAGAGAGAGAGCAAGUGAGAGAGAGGGAGAGAGAGAAUCUUCCAUCUGCUAGUUCACUCCUUAAUGCCAGUAAUGGCCAGAUCUAGACCAAGCUGAAGCUAGGAGCCCCGAUUUUCAUCCUGUUCUCCCACAUGGAUGCCAGGGGCCCAAGUAUUUAGGCCAUCUUCUGCUGCCUUCCCAGGUGCAUUAGCAGGAAGCUGGUUCAGAAGCAGAGCUGCUGGGACUAAAACUGGCAUUGUGAUACAGGACGGUGGCAUCAUAAGUGGCAGCUUAACCCAUGACACCACGAUGAUGCUACCCUGCCCCCUGGCUCCAUUCUGACAGUGGCCCACAUUGGCCACCGUGACCCUGAUCAUCUACUCUGAGCUUCAGUUGCCCCAUCUGUAAAAUGAUGAAAUGAGUAACCUCAUAGGACUCAAGUGGCUGGCACUGCACUGCACAGGAUACAAGAUGAAAUAUCAAAGAGGCAGUUGACCAUUCUGACCAGUCUGCCUGUUGGAGGAAGUUGGAAGGAAACCAGUUUUAGUGUACCCAUGAAGGCUCUUGAGAGUCUGGGUCUGACUGCGUGGAGCUGAAAUCCUACUCCCUUUCAGAGGACUGUGUGGUGAGUUGGGCUGAAGGGACAUCGCCUGCAGUCGGUUCGGAGCUGCUUGGUCUUGAAUAUAAUCAUGGCUAAACCUUAUGAAUUUAACUGGCAGAAGGAAGUUCCUUCUUUUUUGCAAGAAGGAGCAGUUUUUGACAGAUAUGAAGAGGAAUCCUUUGUGUUUGAACCCAACUGCCUCUUCAAAGUGGAUGAAUUUGGUUUCUUUCUGACAUGGAAAAGUGAGGGCAAGGAAGGACAAGUGCUAGAAUGCUCCCUCAUCAACAGUGUUCGGUUGGGAGCCGUCCCAAAGGAUCCCAAAAUCCUUGCUGCUCUUGAAGCUGUUGGAAAAUCAGAAAAUGAUCUGGAAGGGCGGAUAGUUUGUGUCUGCAGUGGUACAGAUCUGGUGAACAUUAGUUUCACAUAUAUGGUGGCUGAAAAUCCAGAAGUAACUAAGCAAUGGGUGGAAGGCCUGAGAUCAAUCAUACACAACUUCAGGGCCAACAAUGUCAGUCCGAUGACAUGCCUCAAGAAACACUGGAUGAAAUUGGCUUUCAUGACCAACACAACUGGAAAAAUUCCAGUUAGGAGUAUUACUAGAACAUUUGCAUCGGGAAAAACAGAAAAGGUCAUCUUCCAAGCACUCAAGGAGUUAGGUCUUCCCAGUGGAAAGAAUGAUGAGAUUGAGCCUGCAGCAUUUACUUACGAAAAGUUCUAUGAACUGACGCAAAAGAUUUGUCCUCGGACGGAUAUAGAAGAUCUUUUUAAAAAAAUCAAUGGAGACAAAACUGAUUAUUUAACGGUAGACCAAUUAGUGAGCUUUCUAAAUGAACAUCAACGAGAUCCUCGACUGAAUGAAAUUUUAUUUCCAUUUUAUGAUGCUAAAAGGGCAAUGCAGAUCAUUGAGAUGUAUGAGCCUGAUGAAGAUUUGAAGAAAAAAGGUCUCAUAUCAAGUGAUGGGUUUUGCAGAUAUCUGAUGUCAGAUGAAAAUGCUCCAGUCUUCCUAGAUCGUCUAGAACUCUACCAAGAAAUGGACCAUCCCCUGGCUCACUACUUCAUCAGUUCUUCCCACAAUACCUAUCUCACCGGCCGACAGUUUGGAGGAAAGUCUUCAGUAGAAAUGUACAGACAGGUCCUCCUGGCUGGUUGCAGAUGUGUUGAACUAGACUGUUGGGAUGGAAAAGGUGAAGACCAAGAACCUAUAAUAACUCAUGGAAAAGCAAUGUGCACAGAUAUCCUUUUUAAGGAUGUAAUUCAAGCCAUCAAGGAAACUGCAUUUGUCACAUCUGAAUAUCCUGUAAUUCUCUCCUUUGAAAAUCACUGCAGCAAAUAUCAACAGUACAAGAUGUCCAAAUAUUGCGAAGAUCUAUUUGGGGAUCUCCUGUUGAAACAUGCGCUUGAAUCACAUCCACUCGAACCAGGCAGACCUUUGCCAUCCCCCAAUGACCUCAAAAGAAAGAUUCUCAUCAAAAAUAAACGACUGAAACCUGAAGUUGAAAAAAAACAGCUCGAAGCUUUGAAAAGCAUGAUGGAGGCUGGAGAAUCUGCUUCCCCAGCUAACAUUUUAGAGGAUGAUAAUGAAGAGGAAAUAGAAAGUGCUGACCAAGAGGAGGAAGCUCACCCCGAAUUCAAAUUUGGAAAUGAACUUUCUGCAGAUGACUUGGGUCACAAGGAAGCUGUUGCAAAUAGUGUCAAAAAGGCCUCAGAUGAUCUUGACCAUGAAAAUAACAAAAAGGGCCUGGUUACUGUAGAAGAUGAGCAGGCGUGGAUGGCAUCUUAUAAAUAUGUAGGUGCUACCACUAAUAUCCACCCGUAUUUGUCCACAAUGAUCAACUACGCACAGCCUGUAAAGUUUCAGGGUUUCCAUGUGGCUGAAGGUAACACUACAGAACGCAAUAUUCAUUAUAACAUGUCUUCUUUUAAUGAAUCAGUUGGCCUUGGCUACUUGAAGACACAUGCAAUUGAAUUUGUAAAUUAUAACAAACGGCAAAUGAGUCGCAUUUACCCAAAGGGAGGCCGAGUCGAUUCCAGUAAUUACAUGCCUCAGAUUUUCUGGAACGCCGGCUGCCAGAUGGUUUCACUGAACUAUCAAACCCCAGAUUUAGCAAUGCAAUUGAAUCAGGGAAAAUUUGAGUAUAAUGGAUCGUGCGGGUACCUUCUCAAACCGGAUUUCAUGAGGCGGCCUGAUCGAACAUUUGAUCCCUUCUCUGAAACUCCUGUUGAUGGUGUCAUAGCCGCUACUUGCUCAGUGCAGGUCAUAUCAGGUCAGUUCUUAUCAGAUAAGAAAAUUGGCACAUACGUAGAAGUGGAUAUGUAUGGAUUGCCAACUGACACCAUACGUAAAGAAUUCCGAACACGUAUGGUUAUGAACAAUGGACUCAAUCCAGUUUACAAUGAAGAAUCUUUCGUAUUUCGGAAGGUAAUCCUGCCUGACCUGGCUGUCUUGAGAAUAGCAGUGUAUGAUGACAACAACAAGCUGAUUGGCCAGAGGAUCCUCCCCCUGGAUGGCCUCCAAGCAGGCUACCGACACAUUUCCCUGCGGAAUGAAGGAAAUAAACCAUUAUCACUGCCAACAAUUUUCUGCAAUAUUGUUCUUAAAACAUAUGUGCCUGAUGGAUUUGGAGAUAUUGUGGAUGCUUUAUCCGAUCCAAAGAAAUUUCUUUCAAUUACAGAAAAGAGAGCAGACCAAAUGAGAGCUAUGGGCAUUGAAACUAGUGACAUAGCCGACGUGCCCAGUGACACUUCCAAGAAUGACAAAAAGGGAAAGGCCAACACAGCCAAAGCAAACGUCACUCCACAGAGUAGCUCUGAACUCAGACCGACCACCACGGCCGCCCUAGGUUCUGGCAUGGAAGCCAAGAAAGGUAUUGAACUCAUCCCUCAAGUGAGAAUAGAAGAUUUGAAGCAGAUGAAGGCUUACUUGAAGCACUUAAAGAAACAACAGAAGGAGCUAAGUUCUUUAAAGAAGAAACAUGCAAAGGAGCACAGCACCAUGCAGAAGUUACACUGCACCCAAGUGGACAAGAUCGUGGCGCAGUAUGACAAAGAGAAGUCGACUCAUGAGAAGAUCCUAGAGAAAGCCAUGAAGAAAAAGGGGGGAAGUAAUUGUCUUGAAAUGAAAAAAGAAACAGAAAUUAAAAUUCAGACACUGACAUCAGAUCACAAAUCUAAGGUCAAAGAGAUUGUGGCACAGCACACAAAGGAGUGGUCGGAAAUGAUCAACACCCACAGUGCAGAGGAGCAAGAAAUCCGGGACCUGCACCUCAGCCAGCAGUGUGAGCUGUUGAAAAAGCUGCUAAUCAACGCCCACGAGCAACAAACCCAGCAGCUGAAACUGUCCCACGACAGGGAAAGCAAGGAAAUGCGAGCUCACCAGGCCAAGAUUUCUAUGGAAAAUAGCAAAGCCAUCAGCCAGGAUAAAUCAAUCAAGAAUAAAGCAGAACGAGAAAGGCGGGUCAGAGAGUUAAACAGCAGCAACACUAAAAAGUUUCUGGAAGAAAGAAAGAGACUUGCAAUGAAGCAAUCCAAAGAAAUGGAUCAGUUGAAAAAAGUCCAACUUGAACACCUAGAAUUCCUAGAGAAGCAGAAUGAACAGCUUUUGAAAUCCUGUCAUGCAGUGUCCCAAACACAAGGCGAAGGAGAUGCAGCAGAUGGUGAAAUUGGAAGCCGAGAUGGACCGCAGACCAGCAACAGUAGUGUGAAACUCCAGAAUACAAACUGAAGCAGCAAAACCACAAAGCAUCAAAAGAUCACUCCCCAGACUUCUGAACACCAACUCCGUGGAUGAACGCUGUUCUCUUUCAUGUUUCCUUUAUGUGUAGACAAGGUUGCCCAGAACCGGAGAGACUUGUAUGACCUACGUACAUAUCUUUACCAGUUGGAGUGUUGAAUUUCCUUGGCCAACCAAAAGUAGCUACAAUUCCAUAAAAAAAUCUCCUAUUCCAGUAAGGCAGAGUUUAACCAUUGAUGAUACAACUUAAACAUGUUUGCUACAAAAUACCAUCACAAGUAAAUGAGCUUGGUGUUAACAACUCUGCUUUGUGAUGCAUUAGAACAUGUUUGAGCUGCAGCAAAUAUAGUGCAUUAGCAAUUAAAUAGCAAGUGCAUGCACUCAGAAAAACAAACUCUGUCUAUAAAUUCAUUAGCAGAAGUGGUGGUCUGCUAGACAAAUACUUUUGCAGAAUUUUUCUACAUCUAAGUUACCUCAUCAGUAAGUGCCAUGUCUUUACCAUGCCAUAAGAGGCUAAUUUCCUGUGAAAGUUGUGGAAAUUAUUAGAACAGUAGAAAAAUAGAGCAGUGUACCUGUGCCAAAAUUCACCAGUACUGAAAGGGGAAUUCUGUUAGGCACAUUUAAGAAAGUUUACAUCUGACAUUGCUUUAUAGGAAUUUCUUCUGCAGAUUCCAGAUACUACAAUUCACUAUUACACCAAAAAGGUUGUGAAGUGGUUAUUGGCAAAUGUUUGUAAAUGUGACCAUGUAUAAAGUAUUUAUACUUCUUAAUUCACACUGUUUUAGAGCAAAAUCAUUUAAGUAUUGCCACAUAACAAGGUUAGUAACCAGGAAUAAUAGAACUAUGUUUGCAUGAUACACAAGCACCAAUUAAGACUAAUCCAUACAGACACAGUUAACCUAAUGCCAAAUAAAUACUGGUUAAAUACAUGUAUGGCACAGAGUAUAAUUUGACUAUCAAGACUUUUAGCAUAAUGAAAAAGUCUAUAUAUAUGUGUAUAUGAAUUAUGUGGGCAUUCUUGAUAUUUCAAGUUCUAGUUUGAAAAAAUACAUAACUAAUUUAAUUUUACACAGAAAUAUUUAUGCAGAUUUUCAGAAUUUCAUAUCAGGAAAUAACCUUUUUAUGUCUUAAAUAUCAAAACGAUUUGCCACAGUGUUCACCUGCAUGGCCCUUACGCCAGCUGUAGCUGUGUUGCAGACAGUGCAUGAGAAAGCAUUCCGCUGGGGAAUGAGCCGUGCUCCAGAGUCCAGAGGAGCGCAUGGCAACCUGGGAGUCUGCAGCUAAUCAGAUGACUGAUUUCAGGACUCAGAACACCGACCAAACUGUUGUAUAUGCUUGUACAAAUUGUGUGUUCCUCUGAACAAAGCAGACACAUUUAUGAUACCAUCAGUACUGAAGUUAAACUCCCACCUUCUCUAAUAAAAAAUUAAAACACA